AUGAAUUCCGUUAUCCGUCAGGCUGCCUUCAGGCGGAACUUCUCCUCAAACUCCAUCGUGAAUGGAUUCACGGGUGCUGUCGGUAACACCCCGUUGAUAUAUUUAAAAGGCCUGUCGGAAAAGACGGGCGUCCACGUAUAUGGUAAAGCCGAAUUCCAGAAUCCUGGAGGCAGUGUCAAGGAUCGGGCAGCUCUUGGUGUCGUCCUAGAUGCUGAGGAACGGGGACUACUAAAAGCCGGAGGGACAGUAGUAGAGGGUACAGCGGGCAACACUGGUAUUGGCCUGGCCCACGUCUGCCGUGCCCGCGGCUACAAAUGCGUGAUAUACAUGCCAAACACCCAGAGUCAAGAGAAGAUCGACUUGCUGAAGAUGCUGGGUGCGGACGUGCGCCCCGUGCCCGCCGUUGCAUAUGAGAACCCGGCAAACUACAACCACCAGGCGCGCGACUAUGCCAAGGACCUUCCCAACGCCAUAUGGACCGACCAGUUCGACAAUACCGCGAAUGCGAACGCCCACUAUACGUCCACGGGUCCUGAAAUCUGGGAGCAGACGCAGGGAGAGCUAGACGGGUUUAUCUGCGCUACCGGCACGGGUGGCACUCUCGCUGGAGUGGGCAAGUAUUUGAAGGAGAAGAGCCGGGGAAAGACGCAGGUGUGGCUGGCUGACCCCCCGGGCAGCGUCUUGACGAGCUACAUCAGUAGCGGCGGCAAGCUGACGGAGCGGUCUGGCAGCUCGAUAACCGAAGGAAUCGGUCAAGGCCGCAUAACAAACAAUCUGGGCACGUUCAUCAACGACGUAUCUGGGGCCUUCACUGUCUCCGACGACAAAUCGAUUCGCAUGCUCUACGAACUUUUGGACUCAGAAGGUCUCUACAUGGGCGCAAGCUCAGCAUUGAAUGUCGUCGCUGCUGUUGAGCUCGGCUUGAAACUCGGGAAAGGUUCGAAGGUGGCAACAAUACUAUGCGAUGGGGCCUACCGUUAUCAAAGCCGGCUCUUCUCCAGGCAGUGGCUUGAAAGCAAGGACUUAUUGAAUGGUAUUCCUUCUGAGUUGCAGAAAUAUAUUGUACUGGACUAG